UUUUUGACUGGAAGGUACUCGGAUGCGUAGUGGCUCCAAACAAUCCUAUGUACAAACCUACAUGUUACGAAGGAAAUACAAGACCUGUGAAGACUCACUGCUCUCUUUAUGAGGAAUGUUCUCACGGACGAUGGGAGAGAAAAGCAUGUCCAUAUGGGUAUAAAUUCUACAACGGUUAUUGUGUGGUAGGAAAUUGCAACGAAGAAGGGCAGCCUUGCGUUGAAUCUUCGGGAAGGGAUGGAUAUCGACGAGUACAGCAUGACUGUACUAAGUUUUACCAAUGUGUUCAUGGCAAAUGGAUGGAACAACCCUGUGGUCCAGGCACGGUUUUCAAUGAACGUGUCUCAGUCUGCGAUUUUGCGUGGAAUGUACCUGAAUGCGGCGGAUACUUACCCAAAUGACAGAAUACAUCUUCGAAAAUUCUCAGAUUUGAUUGCAUUGG